AUGCCAGACAGCCCCAAAACAUCUAAACAGGAUUCCGCCGCCCUGAAGAAUGCUACCAAUACCUUCCUCUCUAAAUUUGGUCCGGUUAUCUUCACCGCUGCUGUGGCUGCUGCUAAACACCAUCUCGAUGAAGACGAGCGCGAGCGUGAAAGGGCCGAUGAGACAUCCAAGAGAAGCCCCCACAGUCACUCCAGAGGUAACGAGGCAGAAGAUAGAGCGAGUGACAGAACCACCGAAGGCGAGCUCAGGAGAGAAUUAAGACAUCUCAAACGAAAGCUACGAAAGAAGGAACGGGAAGUUUUCCACCAUGACAGCGAAUCUUCAUCCUCGAAAGAAACGUCGCAAGGCUCGAUGAGUGUCAACGUUUCGACCAUAAUCGUGAAUGAUGAAGGAACGGUCUACGGCGAGGAACAACCUCAAGGUCGGUUAGAGAAAGAGGGCAGUUUUGAAAGGAAGACACCAAGGAAUGAUUACUAUCGGCAUCCCGAAGACAGAUUCUCGACCGCUGAACAAUCCGAGGAAGAAUCGGAUGUUGAAGUUGUGGUCGGGAUGAGAGACACGGAUAGCCAUCGACCGCACCAUCGCCAUCAACACCGCCAUCAUCAACGCAACUCAUCUCUUCCUCUACCCGAGGACAGACAAAAAGUUCUCCAGAACAGAGCCCUCGAGGCCUCAAAGGUCGCAGCACUUGCUGGGGUAAUCGAAGCACUUCACCUAAGCGACCGAAAGGGUCCAUGGAUUGGACCAAAGGGCAAACGAAUUGUUACAGCUACAGCAGCCUCCUUCAGGACUAGCUGGGCUCGAGGAGACGAUCCGGAGCUCUAUGAUGGGUUGGAGAUGGUAGCGAAUGUUGCGAGGGGUUUGGUUGUAACGAGAAUCAUUCAUGGGAGUAGUAGCAGAGUUGAGCAUGAUUGGAGGGGGGAAAGACGUGGAAGGAAGAGGAGGAGAAGUUUUUAG